AUGUGGGACAGUCGACCCUUCGUGGAUGGCCGUAAAACUUGUAUUGGCGGCGCGGUGGAGGCGUGGAGCGGGCCCAGCGAGGAGGUGACAUCGCCCGUGUUUGACGCGAGGACCGGAAAGCGCCUCGUCAUUGGCCAGCUCGCGACGAUGGGCGAGGUGGACGCCGUGCGUGCGGUAGAGGCGAGCGCGGCGGCGUGGGACCGCGGGCAAGGCGCCUGGCCGCAGAUGUCGCUGGCAGAGCGUAUCGAGCGCGUGGAGGGGGCGGUGGCGGCUUUGAAGGAGCGACGCGACGAGAUUGUCAACGUGCUCAUGUGGGAGAUUGCAAAGAACAGCGCCGACGCGGCGGCUGAGUUUGAUCGGACGGUGGCCUUCAUUGGCAAAACGAUCGAGACGCUGCGUCGGCUGGACGAGGAAAGUGCUGGGUGGCGGGUCGUGUCGGGCGUG